AUGUAUUGGAAUCAUGAUCCAGAAGAGGAAUUUGAGUUACUUGAAUUAAUAGGUGAAGGAGCAUAUGCAACUGUAUAUAAGGGAAGACACAAAGAAGAUGGAUAAAUAGUGGCAAUUAAAAUAAUUCCAAUGGUUGAUGAUGUUGACAAUUUAGUAUAAGAGAUCAAGAUUUUGAAAGUAAGAUUUAUCUAAUAAGGAUUGUUAACAUCCUAAUAUUGUGUCUUUUUUGGGCUCCUAUUAUAAAGAAAAUAAUCUCUGGUUAUUAAUGGAAUAUUGUUCUACAGGUUCUGUAUUAGGACUUAUGGAAGUCAUGGAGAGAGGGUUGAGUUAGGAAGAGAUAAGUGCAAUUAUGUAUUCAACAUUAUUGGGGAUAGAGUAUCUCCAUUCAAACAAGAAAAUCCAUAGGGAUAUAAAAGCAGGGAAUAUUUUACUUGAUCAUAAGGGUUAAGUGAAAUUAGCAGAUUUUGGUGUUGCUGCCUAAUUAACUUAUUCAUGUGCAGAUAAAGUACAAAAUUCAUAUAAAAAUAAAGGGAACAUUUAUAGGAACUCCAUUUUGGAUGAGUCCUGAAGUGAUUAGUAAAUCUCGUUAUAAUUAAUUGACUGAUAUUUGGUCUUUAGGAGUAACAGCUAUAGAAUUGGCAGAAGGGGCUCCACCUUAUUCUCAUAUUCAUCCAGUCAGAGCUAUGUUUGCCAUAAAGAAUAAUCCACCAAUGGGACUAACUAAACCUGAAUUAUGGUCUAAGGAGUUUAAUUAGUUUGUUAAGGCUUGUUUAAGAGUUGAAGUAAAUGAAAGACCUACUGCAUAAUAAUUAUUACAAUAUACUUUUAUAAAAUAGGGGAAACAACAUUUAAAAAAGUUACUAAAUUUAGUAGAAUAAUAUUCUAAGAAAAUAGAGGAAGCAAGAUAAACAAAAUUAAAAAAAAAUGAUCAUAGUUUAUAAUCAAUAAAAGAUUAGGUUCCAUUAACUAUAAUUUCAAAUUGUGAAGAGAUAGAAGAUGAGAUAUCUAAUGCUGAUUAUGGUACUCUUGUAAUUAAGGAUUAAAUGAUACAAGCAAAGGAUGAACCUGAUUUUUUAAAAUGGAAUAAAAUGGAUUAAUAAAUAAGUGAUCAUUAAAAAAAGAAAGUAGAACAUACAAAAGAAUUGAGUUUAGAAGUACAGAUAUAAAAUAUGAAUUUGGAUGAAAAAAAGAAAUUGAAAAAUUAAAUUGAAUAAUAGAUGUAUGAAGAAUUAGAAUUAGUAAAAAAGAAAUAUGUAUCUAAAUUGGAUUUACUUAAUAUAAAGAUUAAAGAAGAAGAAGAUAAAAGAAAAUAAUAAUAAUAAUAAUAAUAAUAAUAAUAAUAAUAAUAAUAAUAAUAACCUUUAAAUUUACCAUUCAGCUUUUAAGUUAGUUAGGAAGUAUUACAAUAAUUAGCAAAUGUUAAAACACCAUUAAUAAAAUCUCAAUAAGUUAAAUAAGCCAAACCUCCCCCUUUUGAAUUUAUACCUAAAUAGAAAUUAUGA